AACGCGUCCCAUAGAGUGUAGUUGUAACUAGACUGCGUUGCUUCGCUGUAACUCGGUACCGAAGAUAACCGACUGCUGGAGUGCAAAUGUUUUGACCUUCAUUCUUUUAGAGGGUCGGACCUCCCUCUUGAAUUCGACUGAUCAGAAUAUCGGAUACGAGACUGUUAUUGUUGUGUUUCUUCGUGUCUUUUGGGGAAAGUCUUGCGUCAUAUUUGUGAAGAGAGUCGGACACGUCCUUUAUCCUGUCGGCCUUGGCAACCUGCUAGCUCAGUUAGCUACUUGUUUUGUUGCGGCUGUGGUUCGGGGGUAAAACCUUACACUUCAGAGGUUUCACCCAGGAAUGGAUACUGGAGUUGUCACCGAAAAGAAAAGGGUGAGCUCGGAGCGCAGGAAGGAGAAGUCAAGGGAUGCGGCCCGAUGUCGCAGAGGCAAGGAGUCUGAGGUAUUUUACGAGCUUGCAAACCAGCUGCCCCUGCCCCACAAUGUUACCUCUCACCUGGACAAAGCCUCCAUCAUGAGACUCACCAUCAGUUACCUGCGCAUGAGAAAACUGCUGAACUCUUGUCAGACUAAAGAUGAAACAGUGGAGGAGUCUGAACUGGAGAGCCAGCUUAACAGCUUCUAUCUGAAGGCCCUGGAGGGGUUCCUAAUGGUUCUAUCUGAGGAUGGAGACAUGGUCUAUCUCUCUGAAAAUGUCUGCAAAUGCAUGGGCCUCACACAGUUCGAUUUGACCGGCCACAGCAUUUUUGACUUUGCACAUCCUUGUGAUCAAGAGGAAGUAAGGGAGAUGCUGGUGCACAGAACUGGGUCCAAGAAAACCAAGGAGCUAAACACAGAACGAAGCUUUUUCCUGCGCAUGAAGUGCACACUCACUAGUAGAGGUCGCACCGUCAACAUCAAGUCUUCCACUUGGAAAGUUCUUCACUGCACAGGACACGUGCGUGUUCAGGAGCACAGUGAUGGUUCUGGGGAUGGGGGUUUUAAAGAGCCUUCCAUUACCUAUCUGGUCUUGAUCUGUGAGCCCAUACCUCACCCCUCCAACAUCGAGGUGCCUCUGGAUAGCAAAACUUUCCUAAGCCGCCAUACUCUGGAUAUGAAGUUCUCAUACUGUGAUGAAAGAAUCACAGAGCUGAUGGGACAUGAGCCAGAUGACCUGCUAAAUAGGUCUGUGUACGAAUACUACCAUGCCCUGGACUCUGACCACCUCAACAAGACACAUCAUAAUUUGUUUGCAAAGGGUCAGGCUACCACAGGUCAAUAUCGCAUGCUAGCCAAGAAAGCAGGCUUUGUAUGGGUUGAAACUCAAGCCACCGUCAUUUACAACCCCAAGAACUCCCAGCCUCAGUGUGUUGUGUGUGUCAACUAUGUUCUCAGUGGUAUUGUGGAGGAGGACAUGGUUCUUUCUCUGCAGCAGACCAUGCCUGAGAAGACUGUGGAGAAGGAGAAGGAGAAGGAGGAGGAGGAGGAGGUGCAAGUAGAGAAGGAGGACAAUUCAAUUAUGGAUAUGAUGAAGCUCUUCAAGAAAGACCUGUUGGCCUGCUUGGACAGUCCCAACAACCUGUACGAGAAGCUCAAGGAUGAACCAGAAGCCCUCACCGUUCUGGCUCCAGCUGCCGGGGACACCAUUAUUUCACUUGAUUUCAACAGCUCAGACUCUGAAAUACAGCUGUUGAAGGAGGUACCCCUUUACAAUGACGUCAUGCUGCCCUCCACCAAUGAGAAAACUGCUUUGCCGCUGUCACCACUGACACCCAGCAAUUCCUCUCCAGAUUUGGAUAAAAUGGAGCCUGGAACAGAGGACUUUUCAUUCACGUCCACAGCCCACCGCACCAAGGACACUGCCAAUACUCCAUCUAGCUCCACCAGUUCCUCAGAGCCCAGUAGUCCUGCAGAUUACUUCCAUGUUGAUUCAGAUAUUGGUUCUGAAUUUAAACUGGAUUUGGUUGAGAAAAUGUUUGCUACUGACACAGAAGCCAACACAGAUUUUAACACACAGGAAAUGGGAGAUCUUGACCUUGAGAUGCUCGCCCCAUAUAUUCCGAUGGAUGAUGACUUCCAGCUGCAUAUCCCCUCCCCUCUGGACCCACUCCCUUCUAGUCCUCAGACUGGUUCUGAUAUUAACUCUCUUUUCCAGCAGUCACCCCCUCGCCAACCUUCAGCAACCAGUACCAAUAUUUCUUUAAAACCAGAGCCAUCACCCCGCAUCCCCUCUCCCCUCCACCUGCUGCAGGAAGUGAGCAGCAUCUUUGUCACACCCUUCAAUGAGGUCUCACAAGCCCUUGACAACAGCCCACCGAUGGGCACCCCAUUGGCCAAAAGAAUACAAAUGGAAGACCAGGGAGUUCAGCUUUCUACAAAGGUUCUUUCUGUCCAAAAUGCCCAGCGGAAGAGGAAACUGGAGAUUACAUCACUCUCUCAAGCGGUUGGACUGGAUGCUUUGCUCCAGUCUGUGGAUGAAGCUGUUGAGCCUGGAAAGAGGGCCAAGGUGCUGGAGGUUAAAGGUUCAAGCUUACUUGGUGGGAACAAAACCAUUCUGAUACUGCCAUCUGAUGUGGCCAGUCGUUUGCUGAGCAGCUCAUUUGAGACCAGAGGGUUGCCACAACUGACACGCUACGACUGUGAGGUCAAUGCCCCUAUUCAGGACCGUCACUCCUUGCUACAGGGCGAGGAGCUGCUGCGUGCUCUGGACCAAGUUAACUGAGUCUAGCUUGCUUAGCAAUUCCGGACACUGUAUCCCUUUGUAUCCCAAUGUCUGGCCCUACCCCAUCCCACAUUACCUUCCAAAGCAAAACCAUUGCCCCAACUGAUCACGGCCUACUGAUUAUCCUUGUGUAUUCCGCUGCUCUCAAAGGGCAUCCCUCAUACCAGUGGCCUGGAGGCCAAAUCCUUAAUGAUUAUUAGAGGUAUGUGUUUUCUUGCUAGUCAAGGCAAAGUAGUGUAACCUCCACUAUGACCAAGAGCAAAGUCAAGAGCCUUAAUGCUAAACGCACAGUUCCUUAAACAAACACAUUCACUUGUCCCACACUCUGUGUUCCUCCUGUUUUUGUCUACCCCAAGCAUUUUGUAUUGUAGCUAAAGUCGCACAAUAAACUAUUUUCGUAAUAUAGAAUACCAGCAGUUCAUGCAAUAUACAAUUUUUUUAAAUAUGUACUUUUAACAGUUAAUAUAACCGUAUUUGUUUCUCUCUUGAUUUUUUCAUUCAUCAGUUUUGUUCAUACACAUUUACAUUUAAGAUGUUUGUCUCCCAUUCAUAGGCUCCGUGGCAGAUAUUCUUAUUGCUAUUGAAAUACUGUAGUUCACCAGUCCACUGUGCACAGGUAAAAGCAGUUCUCACAGAUGUGCUAAAGGGAAUUCAAAAGAAUUGAAAUUGGCAUUUUUUGCAAUGUGCAAAUGUCUGUAACAUGGAGUUUUUUUCAAAGAGGUUGCUGAGUAUAACUGUUAUAAAUCUUUUAUGUUUUUAGCUGUCAUUUCUUCUGUCUUAAUAGAUGCAUAAACAUCAUGCUUGUUUUUGUGUCAUUCAGCAGGGUAGAUUUAAUAUUAUGCUUCUGAAGCGCAAUGUAGAGUGACCAUGCAAAGAUAAGUUAUCCAAGUGUCUAAUGGUAUAUAUUAAUAGAACAUUACUGCUCAGAUAAAGAAAACUUCUUUCCCUUGUGCUUUCAUAAUUUAACUUGGUCCUGCAGAUAUUUUCAUUUUAUAUUUUGUAGGAUAAACAUUUGCUUUUGUGGUGGUUGUAUUCUACUGUUCAUUUAUUUCAGCAAUCUGUACACAUAUAUUUCCUUAACACUAAAUGUAUUGUUUAUUGCAUAAUCAUUAAAGAAUAAUUGUGGACCAGAA